AUGGAGCGAGGCAUCUCGUCCUCGUGGUUGUGGUGGUUGCCCUUCUCGUCGCCCCUUCUCUGGCCAAUUGCAGGUCGCCAACCAGCGACGCGUGAAGAAAUAGCGGCGGUGCAAGAGAGGCUGCAGCAGCUUCUUCUCGAAGCAAAGGUCGCCCUCGCCGGUUGGCUCGUCGCUCCCGACGCCACGGCGUGCAACGACGCGGACACUCUUCUCCAGCGCCAUCGGCUGCCGCACUCGCCCAACAAGAGCGCCAAUCUCAAACUCCAGACUGUAGGUUGCUUGCGUCUGGGCCUGGCCAUGGUGGAGUGGGAGGGCGGGGCCGACAGACAGCGGGUGAAGAACCUGCUGGGCGUGGUCCAGAAGAAUGCGCGCGAGAUCGACCCCGACUACGACGGCCUCCUCACCUUUGCGCCCCUUCUGUCCCGGGCCGCCGACGCCUUUGCCGCCCUCCACGGCCUUGCCGCCUGA